GUCCGUGGUGGAUGGAUACCCCGGUCCACCACCACCACCGCCGCCGCCUCCGAGCUGCUGCUGCUGCCGCUGCUGCCUGCCUGCCUGCCACCCCCGAAGUCCUCCUGUAUCGAUUAGUUUCUUAGGGCGGCGCUCACGCCUCCUAUGGCAUGGUGGAAAUUUCAUUUCACGAGGUCCCCGCCGCUCUCCGGGAGGCCAGCGACGCCCGUGGGCGGUCUGUUCGGGUGAUAUGGGCCCGGUAGGGGCGGCCAGGGGCUGGGCGGCCGUGGUGUAGCUGAGCAGUAGCAGCAGCAGCAACCUUCGGACAGCAGAACCAGCAGUAGUAGGGACUUCUUCAGCAGCAGCAGUCGAGCCAUGUGAGACAUAAUGGGUGACAGACAGCGUAAUUUUGCGCAGUAUGCCACAGCUCUAAAUCAGUAUGCAAACUUUAACAAUGAUGGAGAACGAAGUAGCCGGGAGAGGGGAGACGGGGGUCCUGGUUCUGGCCCCGGUGGAAGCAGCAAUAGUGGUGCUGGAAGCAGCAGUGGCAGUGGAGGUGCUAGUCAUGGGGGGACGGCGUCUGCCGGAAAUGCCGCACUGUGGGGCGAGUUGAGUAGGACCCUGCAGUACAACAACUACCCAGGUUUUGGUACAGCAUGGCAAGGAGGUGGAGGUGAUAUGAGACUCUAUGGCUACGGUGGAUACGGAGAAGGACAGGUGGAUGGCCGCGGAGAAGGCCGCCCGGAGGGUCGGAGUGAGGGCCGCAGAGUUCCAAGCAAGGGGGAGACGAAGGCUACUCCACCUCUGCCUCCAGGCAUGGGAGCAAGCAUGGGCUCAGCUUUGGCCUCCCUUCAGCAGCUAGUUGCCAGUGGAGGUGCUGAUGCAGCUAAUGUUUACAGAAGUUUUUUGGCAGCUCGGCAAUAUGCCGCUGCAGCCGCUGCCCUCAGUGCCCUCCCGGCUGCGCCUCCGCCAUCCAUAAAUCCUGCUGCGCUUCAUGCUGCGAGUGCAUUGACUGGCCACCACCAGCAACAGCAGCAGCAGCAUCAGCAGCAGCAGCAGCAGCAGCAGAGGAGACAGCAACAGCAACAUCAUCAACAGCAGUUGCAACAACAACAACAACAACAGGCGGCUGCAUUUGUGGCCGCAGCCACGGCUGGUCUCAAUGGAGAGGGGUUAGGAAUGCACGGAGCCUCUCGCAUGCAGCAGCCUUCUCCACAGGGAAGGAAGUGCACCCCAGUCCCGGCCGACAUCCGACACGAUGACCCUCUGCCGUCGCCAGGUAGGACUCGCUCCCACCCUCCUCCAACAAUCAAUAAUCAGGAAACCGUUUGUACUCCUGUGAUUGGGAAAGGAAACUUUGAGCCCCCUCCUGGGGUUGGAGAUGGUGGCGGUGACAUGGGAAGUGAUGGCAGGCGAGUGCAGAGUGGCAGUGAGAGUGAGGGCGACCAGAGAAUCAGGCACAGACGUAAGCAAGAGCAGCCCAGGCGUCAGAGUGUCAUAUACCCCGUUGCUAUGCAAUCUGAGAGUGGAGGUGGAGGUGGAGGAGACUCAAGUUCAGAUGAUUCUCAGGGUUAUGACGUUCUCCUUACUCGGAACGCCGUCGAACACAGGGACUCUCCUCACGAUUCCGUGCAUAGUAACUCGCCAGUAGAUCCAGCUUUACGGCUGUCCAGAGAGACGUUCCCCGCCCAGGGAAUGAGUCAGGCUAUGAGUCAUGCUCUAGCUCAUCCUUUCUUGGCAGCCCACUUGAAUGCCAGUCAGCUACUGCAGGUAGCUCAGACAACUCCUCCACCCACAAAGCAGGAUGUGCCCCCUGCGCCUUCCCCUCAUUCUCAAACGCUCCAGCUGCAAGUUCGGACAGACCUGCUGGAACCGCAUCCAAAGGAAGCAGAGACAUCAUAUCCCUCACAGGACCCUCCGCCUCGCUCCCUCACGCAACCACAGAUAUCCCUGCCAGAGGUGGACAUUCGUAGUGUACGGACCCCUCCUAGUAAUGCUUCUUUAGAUAGCAAUGUUGCACCUGUUAAAAAGAGGAGAUGUUCUCCUAGUUAUAUGGAAAAUGACACUGUUGUCAGUGACAGUAUGGUGGGAAAGACUAGUGUGAGUAGUGAAGUCGGUUCCAGGAGUGAUGGUGGGGGGGCGAGUAAUAGUCUAUCUAGUACGAGUUACAACCAGACGAGAGAGGAAAGUACUGCACAUACUAUAAGUCCCAAUGUAGAAAGCACCCCUGUAAAUGGUCUUAGUGGAUCUUGUGAGGCUGUGGAGAAGAAUGCUAGUAGUAGUGGUAGUGACAGUCAGUCUUCGUUAAAUGUGAGCAUGCAGAGUUGUGAAACAGAAAAAGCAUUGAAUAGAAGUUUAGAUAAGAGUGAUCAAGAUUUUUAUAAUGGUGAUAAUGAAAUGCUGUACAGUCCUAGAAAGCGGAACAGGAAGAGGAAAUCUGAAAGUGAGGCUGUAGUGGAAGUAGAGACCACUCUUAUUGAAGGGCAGCUGGAUGAGAGUGCAGAGAGUAAGAGGAGAACUAGGCAAAAGAGGGCCAUUUCCUAUGUUGAGGAUGGCACAGACCCAGUGCUGGAGAUGAAUGAGGAUUCUUCUCCUGAUGCGACCCCAGUGAAAAAGAAAGGGAGGAGACCGAAGGAAGUUCGUGAAAGGACUGACAGCGAAAGCAAUCCCAGUCCCGAGCAGCCACAAACAACCGAACCUCCGACAAGUCCUCCUGUAUUGCCACCCCCUCCCCUGCCACCUCCCCAGCCGUUGUCAGGCCCUCAGGAAGAAUCACCACCUAAGUCUAUGCAUAAUUCUCCCCCAAGUAGAGGGCGAGGAAGGGGCCUCUAUCGUGGGGCCCCUAGGGGUAGAGGCAGAUUGCCAAUGGCAGCAGAUUCCCACGAAUUCUCAAGUAUCACCGAGCCUUUGCACGUUGAUACGUCUCUCGCCAUGGAGCCUGAUUUAAGAGUUCCGGGUCCCCCUCCCAUAACCCCUUCAUCUUGCAGCCCAGAUGUAUAUGACUUCAAUGACACUGACAGUGACGGUGUAGGUCGAGGGAAAAAGGGCAAGAGAGGGAGGAAGAAGGGAUUUAGCCCAAAGAAAAACAACAAGCAGUCUCCUGUGGAAGCAGCAAAAGCCAAUAUUAGUCCUAGAUCUCGUGAUACAAUGGUAAAAUCUCCUAAGUCACCCAAGUUUUUUUCAAGCUCUCGGAGCCCUGUGUCGGAUCGUAACAAGGAAUGGCUCCGAGGAGUAUCUCCUCCUGUUCGGGACUUAUCAAAAAGUUUGUCAGAGGUUUCUUGCAAUGAAGGUGGCACUUACAACCAUGCACCUUCCCUUGAUAGUAAAUCAUCUGAUGUUUUACAGAAUUCUGAGAGUUGUGAUAGUUUGACCACUGAUAAUGCAAAAUUAGAUGUUAAUGUUACUUCUCCUCGUAGAAGUACCCGUAGAGUUAAGCCUCGAGAGAUGGACUCCUCCUUGUUGGAUGUCAAAGGAGAUGACUCCUCUGAUUUGAGUCUUCAGUCACUCCCCAGUAAUUCAAAACUUAACACUUCGUUCUCAGGGUCUAUCCUUAACAAUGCACAAAAUUCGGAAGAGAAGAUUGAAAAAGAUGAGUCGCCCUCACGUGGGUCAGACAUAACUGAUGGCUCUCCAAGCAGUCGUGUACGAAGAAGAGGAAGGAGACCUUUAGAUCAAGGUGACAUGAUGGGUGGUCAGGCUUUGAACAGUGAGGUUGAUAAUGUUUCAACCCCAGAGAAAAGUCUUCCCACCAGUGUGGACUCUGCAAUAACAGAUGAUGGACACACGAAAGUUUCAGACAGUAUUAAUGUUGAUGAGAAAUGUAAUUCUGUUCCCCCUGUCAAGAAGGGUAGACGAGGAAGACCACCCAAAGGUGUGAAAGUGGAAAGCCCAAAAGUGGAAGCGGAAAGCCCAGAAGCAACUGCUAAGGGUAAAGGGAAGGGGAGGGGCAAGAAACGUAAGAGAAAAUUCACACCCUUUCCAAAAGGGACUAAAAAGAAACUAUUUGGUGGCAGUGAAACUGAUGUGCUUCCAGAAGAAACCAGUCAGUAUCAGACAGUACCUGAAGAUGAUGUUUAUGAUGAUGCUGAAGAUUCAGCUGAGAAUGACAUACAGGAGGUCAGUUCAUGUGAUGUAGAGAGGACCUCUGAAGAGAAAACUGGAGCCUUGCAUCUUACCAAUGAUGCCUUGAAACCCGAGGGUUCUUCGUUGCUUCAAACCAAACCAAACAAAGUAACAGAUGUGAGUUCUAUAAGUAAUGAAAAGUCAUCUAGCUCCUGUGAUGUACCGCAGAAUGAGAUGGUCGUAAAGUCCUCAGAUACACCACUGGAGUCUGUUGGGGAAACUUUAACUGUGAUAGCACAAAUGGAGGAAGCAGAAUCUCGUGUCAAGAGGUUACGAGGAAGAAGGGCAAGUGCCAAGCAAGACGGUAAGGCAGAAUCUGAGCUGAUGAAACCAAAAGAGGAAGAACUUGAUACAAAUGAAAUCCUAAAAGGCUCCAAACAUGAGCCAGAUUUGGAAGAAUGUAUCCCAAAGGAGAAACCUUUACAAACUGCCAGUUUAGAAGUCAACGAAUCUGUUCCUGAUAAACAAGAAAAUAAGGAAACUCUUCAAAGUCCAACUUCAAAAACGCUUGUUGACAGUAAGUCUGUUACCCCAAACAAAAGUGCAAUCUCAGGUAUCCAGGACAAAUGCAAAGUUGACGGGAUGUCACUGCCUUAUCUUAGGAGGAAAGGGCCAGAGUUUGAAAAGGAGUCCUUUGGAAGUCAGUUCAAAGCAUUCGUAGAGAAUGAUAAAUCUUUAGAAACACAGGAAUAUACAAAUAAUGAAUUUCUAGAGCAUAAAGAUAUACAAAAUGCCAGAAGGGAUCAUGGUAGCUCCUCUGGAACUGCAAGUGAUGUAAUUGAAGGCAUUACUGUACCUGUUGCAGCAGAAGCUAAGAAUUUUGGCAAUCAGGUGUCUUCAGAAAGUCAGAUAAUUGCGACAAAGCCAGUCGAAAUUCAGAAGGCUGUUGUGAGGCAAGUAGAAGCAGAGGUCAAAGUGCAUUGCCCUCAGUCUGAAAAGCCUGAAUCUGACUCCAAGGAAAAUUUGAAAGGAACUUCUGUUGAGCAAGACAUAAAGGCAGAAUGUGAGGAAAAGCCCACUCUUCAGGAUGUUGGAUCCAUUCCUGGUGAGAAGAAGCCCAACACUGAGAUUUCGCUAGUACCCGUUAAUAACAAUUCACAACCUGUAAUGAAAGAAGUUGAUGAUACCUCCAAAAAUCCUGUUCCUGGCAUUCCUUCGGACAUGUUACUAGAUGUUCCAGAGGCCUCGGCCAACAUACCGCUCCCUCCUCCAGAUGCGAUGGAGGUCCCUCAAGGCACAGAUAUGGACGUAGAUGCAGAAACAGUUGAAAACAUUGCAAAAUUUUUAGAGGAGACAGCUUCCACUAUACCCGGUGCUACCGAAGAGAAUUACAGUGAGAAACGUCCUAAGCGCUCUUCACGUCCCCCGAGGAAUAUGGAUGAUAAUGAGAUGAAUGAUCUGUUGAUGUUACUCAACAUGGAAGAUGAAGAAAGUGAAGAUGAAGAUUACGUACCCAAGGACCUUGAAAACUUGGAUAGCACUGCUGAGAGUGAUGAUGGAGGAGAUAGUGAUGGAAAUGAUGACGACGACGAUGAUGAUGCAAGCGGUGCAGACUAUGAAAGUGAGGGUCGUGGUGGUAGUACACUGAGCAAUUUCCUGGAAUUGGCAGGUGAUGCGGGUGGUGAUAAUGACAAGGUGCCAAGUAGUUUCAAACCUGGAAAAGGCUCUGCUGCCAAAUCAAAGGGACUCAAAAAUGGGAAGGGCAAGAAAUAUAAGAAUGACACUUCCAGUGCCAAGAAAGGGAAGGUGAAAGGAAAAGUGAAGUACAAUAGCAAAGGAAGACAUGAUGAUGAUGUGAAGAGGAAGGGGGAUGAUGGGAAGAAAAAGGGUGAGGGCGAGAGAAAGGGUCCGUACAUUCGGGUUGAUCCAAGUACGUCGGGAGAGGUCAUUGUAAAUACUCCUUACCGUGAUGAAGAGGAGCAGGACAAACAGGUGCGGAAGUUGAACAUUCAAUUUUACUGUAAAAUUGAAGCCAAACAGAAGACUGCGAAGGUUGGUUACAAUAGUACGCUUCAUAAUAAUUACGACGCAUUUUCCAAAGACACCACCUGGUUCUGCUCUUUCUGCAAAAACUACAGCCAUACGUGGAAAUUAGGUGAUCUCUUUGGACCGUAUUUCAUUGAGGGGUUGACGUUGCGUAAGAAGAAGUACCCCAAAGUAAUUGAAGGCCAAGUUGUCGAAUCCACGUCUCCUAACGAGGUUGGUAGAUUCAAGAAACGUCCUCCAAGACGAGAAUCCACUUCAGACGUUCCCGGGGAGUCUAAAAAGUUGGAACUUGGAGGAUGCUCCCCACCAUGGAGAUUCGUCCCAGCAGCAACUCCCGCUCGGAUGCUGUGUCGUCCUGGAUCCAAAGAAGUUGGACCUCAACAAAUCCAAGAUACUUCAAAUCCCAUUAGUACAAGUAAUACUAAAGAAGGCUCAACUGGAGACCCUAUCACCCCAGUGACUGCCCCAGCCGAGGCUCGACCUCCUGGAACUGAAUGCUGGGUACACGAAUUGUGCCUACUAUGGUCUCCGGGCGUUCACAUCAUUAAUAGUAAACUUUGCGGUUUAGAAGAAGCAGUUAUUCAUGCUCAGGACAGUGUUUGUACUAACUGCAGUGAAGCAGGGGCCACCAUUGGAUGCUUAGGAAAAGGGUGCCCUCUCAUGGUCCACGUACCGUGCGCCACACAACUGCAUUGGACUCUAGAUCGUCAAACCUUCAUGUCCUUCUGUCCCAAGCAUAGUGUGAGUAGUCCAAAGGAUCAGUCUGAGCUUUCGAGUGUGCCGUGAUCAGUGCUUGGUAGGACCCUGUAUUCAGUAGCCAUAGAGGAUGCCAUGGAUUUAUAUUUAUUAAUUAUUGUUAGUCAUUGUACUUCUCAAAAUCAAAGAGGAAUUUUUUCAUCAGCAUUAUCAUAUGGUCUUGGUCUUCCUUUUCUCGAAUAUCACUUUAUAUGUUCCAUUGAAAUACUGCUGUCAAGCUGUAAUUUGGUUUAUUAACAUUGGCAAUGCUUAUCAGAAUGUCUUCCAUUGGUAGUUUUGUCAUGAAUUUUUUUUUUUUUCCUGGUGACAGAUUUUGUAUUUAUUUAAGUUUGAAUUGUUUUAAAUGUUUGUCGUCAUUAUUUAGGCAGCUAUUAAUUUGUACACAAAUUAUAUAUUUUUUGUAAAUACAACAUGUGAAUAUCCUAAUCAGUGCAUAAGAAAAAUAUUUAUUUUUAUUCUUUUACAUUGAACGGUUUUCCUUUCCUUAUUACGCAUUGAGCAUGGUUGACUGCAGCUGUACCCGGACACUCUGGUCUGUCUUUUGCGCAUCAAAAGUAGGUGCGAGUUUUGUUUGGGUACAUCUGCAAGUCUUUGGUAUUGGGAUCAAGAAUUAUUUUGUUUAUGAGGACGCUUCUUUUUGGAGCAGGAUGAUGUACUUUCUUAGCUAAUUAGGUAUUGUUUUAUCCAAUAUAAUUAAUAAUUUGUUCAUUAGUUUUGAAUCUUUGUUUUUUAAAUUUGUACUUAUACAAUAUACAAUAACAUCUUUCUACAUAGGUUGCUGUUCUUAUAUUUACAAAUGAUGAAUUAGUGAAGUUUUCUGUCUCCCUUGAAGGAAUUUGAGGACUCUUAUGGGUCUAGAUGUAAUUAUUUGUUAGUGCCCAAAUAAUUUUAUUGACCUUACGUUUCGCAAUGAUAGUCAUCUGAACCACUGUUUCGACCGAAUUUACACUUAAGUUUAGAAUAUAGCAAUUUACACUCAGGAAAUUUAAGUUUAGUGUUUCUUUUUAAGUAUUUAACUCUCCAGUAACUUAUUUAAGGGCAUGUUUGGUGCUGCUAGGCAACCAGAAGAACAUCUUUCCGACGUGUACUUCUUGCUUUUAGGGGGGUAAUGAGUAUUUAGAUGUUUAGAUUAGUUUUUAUUGUGAUAUCUCUUGUUUUGACCAUGACCAAGUUGAUGUUUUUCGUCUUUCUUUAAUUUCAGGCCUCUUGAGCUAUUUCAUGUCAUUGUUAGGGUUGUGCUGUCAAGUUACUGUAUGGUCUAGGUUCCCCUUUCCAUAAACUUUGUUGACUACUUACAAUUUACUUGUCUGUCUUGAAACUAUCAGUAUUUUGCACUGAACACACCAAAAAAACCUGCUGUCUAAUAUUGAUGUGAUUGAAAAGAACAAGUGGAAGGGAAUUAAGGCAUUAUUUAGUUUUGAGAUGUUUAAUUCCAUGACAAUGGGAUGCACUGCUUUAGUUGGGAUGCAUUGCUUUAGUUUUAACUUGAAAUUAUCUGGCAUGGCCACCUGGAGUUGCAACACUGCAGCGCAGUUGACAUGGGAAAGAGAAACACCUUAAUUUUGGUUGAAUCUUGCCAAACAUUAACACUUCUUUCCGCUCUUAAGCUUCCUGUAGACCAUUUCAGACUAAAAAAAUAGAUAUAUUUAAUUCAACUAAACAUGAAACAAACAAAAAUUGUGUUAAUAAUUAAAUAAACCUCAAUACAAACAAAGCUUAAGUUAUUAGUAAGAAUUGGCUAGAAAAUUAAAGUAGAUAGCAGCCUCACCACCAUGUAUAUCUAUUAGUCUUGAAAAGCAUCCAUACCUCUGAGAAGCUUGUCAGGUCAUAGGGAUCAGACAUUAAGUAGGUUUCAUCGUGCUAGUGCUGCAAUUGUUGCCCCAAGGUCCUCCCAACUUUAAUAUUUUUACAACAGUAAGCUUAUUCACCAAAUGUUCCAUGUGAAUAUCUUAAGGUUUUUUUUCUUUUGGUUCAAUCCCAAGCUUAUGAUUCCAAUUUUAGUGUGAUAUGUGGUCGUAAAUCAAAGUUUAAGGUUCAACUACUGACUCUGUGGUCAGACUUUAACCGUGGAAAUGAUCAGCUUUUAGGAGACUGCAAAUGAAUCCUUUGAAAUAGAAAAUAAGAGUACAAUACUUCUUGACCUUCUUUUUUUUUUGAAGGCUUAGUGUAAGCUUAGCAUUUCUAUUAUAAUUUACAUAAAAUGUGCUGCUCUAUGCCAAAGAAUUUCAUUAUGUAUAUUCAAUAUAUGGUACAGUUUUUCAGUGUCAAGAAUAGAGGGUCAGAGCAGUGUACUUCUGCCUUGAAUUGACUGGGUUUGAACUGUGUACUUCUGCCUUAAACUGACUGGGUUGGAAGAUAUGUUUCUGCCUUGAAUUGACCAAGAUUUCAGGAAAAGAGGCCUUUAUAUGACUAUGCAUCAUUAUUCCUUUUUUGUUUUUAAUCCUUAUAUCCAUUUUGUACAGCACAUUUGACUUCCUUGACCGUGAAUUUGAAAUUUGACAGUUUUAUUUUUUUUAUUCUGUUUGUUGUUCCUCUUUCUGCCAAGCACAUGACUGUAAUUGUAGUUUUAUGUAUGAUCGGUUGAAGGGAAAUUGUGGGUAGAUGAAAUUUCAUUUUAUUUUCAUUAAAAUUCUUUCUUAUGGAUGAGUUGAGCAAUGUUGAUAAAAAGUGAGUGAGCCUCAACCAAGACCUUUAUUAUGUUUGGGUAACCUUCACUGAUAAAUUGUGAAAAUGUUAUACAGUAUGCAAUAAUCCUUGGAUAUUAUACUCCACUGUGCCAACCCUUUACGUAGUUAUAGGGAAAGGAAGACUUUGUACUCUGAAAGAAAAUUGUAGAUGUUCAAGUGGUUGUUGAUAGCGAUUUAAAACAAAAGUGGAAAAAACGCGUGUGGUGUUGCAUACUGAUGAUAGUUAGUCACUACUAGAAUCUUAUACACGGGGAUCUUCAUUCCACAUGUGCGCAAUUUGAGUAUGGAAACAAUGUAUUAAGAGUACUAUAACUGUUAUUUGGUUAUUCCAUACUUGAUGAGCCCUUCUUACAUGUCACUCAGCCUGUGGUGUUAUGGUAUUUUGGGAAUUGCAUCAUCGAUCACUGGAAAUGUGAUGAAUUCUGAGUAUAGGACUGUUUGAAACACAUUGAAAUGUCUUGGUGUCAGGGUCUUAAGGCAGGUUCACUAACUGUUCUGACCUGUGAUUGAAUUUGGAUGUAAAUAUUAUGCAUUCAAGAAGUAUUACAUCAACUGGAUGUGUAAAAUACUAAUCAUGAUAAAUGACUGGAAUGCAUGUUAUGGCAUUUUUGGUGCAUUGCUGUGAUGUUAGUAUUUUAAAUUUCAGGUAAUGAAGAUUUACCUGUCAAGCUAGAAUUUGUUAGCUUUUUCUCAGCUAUCACCAUCAAUACCAAAAAUACAGUACAUAUAAAAUUGAAAUACACACAAAAGAUUUAUGUACACACACACAGGCUGAAUGAAGUCAUGGAUUGAACAUAUUUAUAUUUGAUAAUCUGAAGAUGAACAUCAAGGAGAAAUAAAGAAAAGCUGAAUCAGAAGGGAAUUCAGGCAGGAAAGAACUUUUGACAUCCAAAUACCAUUAAAGUUAUAUAUUGAACACCUAUAAAACGUAUGAAUAUCAUUGCAAGUCUUUGGUAUCCAAAACGCUUGACUUUUACUUUCAGCUAAUGUAGAAAGACUUGACAAAGUGCACCAAAUCUUCAUUUAUCAGUAGACAUAAAAUGUGAUUAACCCUUCAAUGCCAUAAGUUUUGUUUUUAACAAUGUUGGUGAUUUUUUGACUAGUCUAGUUUCUGAAAUAAAAAAUUGCAACCUCUGCACAACUCCUCCCUCCUUUGAAGAUGUAUACCAUCCACUAUUAAAAUUAUUUUCAUCAUUUUUUUAUUCCAUUAUAAAGAUAUUUGCAACCCAAGUCUCCAUUCCCAUUUUCAGCCCCCUUAUUAAUUGUGGCAAAUGAUUAUGGUAUUCAUGUGUUUAGUAUGCGAGUAUCUUUUUAGCGCUGUGGCUAGUUUUAUGGGAGAAUAGUUUUGCAGAUGCCAGACAGAGCCAACAGGUGACAUUGUUUUUCUGAAACUAAGUGGUACAUUUUUUUUUAUAUAGCAAUGAGAAAUGAAAGUGGUCCUGUUGCAUUUUUUUUCUUUGACAGGUGCUUAAUUAGACAAAAACAGAAGCUUGCUAUAAGUAAGUGUUGACAAAAUUACAGAGUACUGUAUCUGUAAUGGAGAGAGAGAAGAGGCAACACAAAAGUAGCAAUUUUUUUUUACCAAAAUGACACUUAGAAAAUGCACAGCCGCUAUCACUGUCAAUGCCAAGGAGACUGCUCUCAUGUUUACUGUGGCAGUGGACCAUACAGGGCCCCAGUUCACUUCAGACUGAAUGGUUCAGGGGGAAAGUUUAAGCCCUGCAGUAAAAACAGUUGUGUUGGCAAAAUCAAGCCCAGUAACAAUAACUGUAUUUAGCAUUCGGUACAGCCUUGAGAGUUGAAGAAAUGAUUUUGUGGUCUGGUUAAAAUGUUUGAUAAAUAUCCUACCUGAAAUGGUAUGUGGAACAACCAUAGCACUGGCAUUGUAGCAAUCUUAUGAUAGUUUGCCAUAUUCUUAUACAAUGCUGGGAUUAUACUAGGAAAAGCAGACCUAAAGAAUAAAUAAAAAAAAGAAUGAAAAUACAGUUCACAGUAAUCAUGAAAAUGCACUUAAUUUACAAUGCUACGUCACAAACUCUACAAAUUUUGAGAACCCCCCAAAAAUGUUCAAUACCAUCAAUUUAACAAAAGUGUGGAGGAGCCUCUACACCAUGCAGAGCAACAACAGUGCUCCCUGACUCACAAAUGAGGGACAGCAAUAGGGAAAAACUCUAAUUACUGAUUACCAGGUCAAUGAAGGCAUCUUUUUUCCUGGUACUCUGCCAAGCAAAUUUUGCACUAAAGUUGCUUGCUUAUCAAAAGCAUCAUUUGAACCAAAAGAAACAAAGCUGCGAGUCCAAGUUAAACCCUAAGUAAGGGAACUGCCACUCAAGGCAGCCGAAGGCCACACUACUUUCAAAGUUUCGAUUGUGGGGUUAUAUGGUCACCACUCUGUAAAUAUGGUACCUAUGAUGAGCCAAAUGCUACAAAUACUCCCAUAAACUAUGCAAAACACAACUGAAAGGAGAGGAUGUUGCACGUCCUAACCUACGAUGCUUAUCUUAUCAUUCGAUUAGAAAUUUGUUUUAAGGAAUUCCCGUGGUAUACAAUCCACACUAUCAUUUCCUCAUGUAGUGACAGUGAUGUUAGACAUUGCGAUAUGUUAACAGUAUAGAUGUUAACUUUUCCUUCUUUUAUUCCUGUCAUAGUGUAAGAUUUAUUUUUACUGAAAUGUGAAUAUUGUAAAUAAUGACUUCACUGACACAGAGUACACGCUCUUUGGUAGCUAAGGAGAGAAGUGUGCAUUUGGUCAGUACACAUACACAUACAAGACGUUUUAUCACAAUCUUAGUUUUUCUUUUUUUACUAGGAGUAAAAACUAUUUUUUUCCUGACAGUUAUAGUGUGGACAGCAGUAUUUUACCCUUCAUGAAUAGUAGAUUAACUGUGUUUUAAGAAUUUUUUUUUUUCUGAACUGUAGUUACUUACAAUAUGUAUAAAUUUUCAAGUCACUGCAAAGGUACAAAAGAAAGUUGUGGAACUGAUCAUUACCCUCACUGGGUGGAAAGUAAAUGUACAGUAAUGAAAAGCAUGUGUUGAGUUCUAGACAUGGAACAUAAUUUUUACAUUAUCCGUCUUUUUUUUUUUUCUUUUUUUCCAGUAGCAGGAAGUAUUUUUAAGAACUGAUGUAUAGUGAAUGUAAAAUAAAAAUAGUUCUGUAAAUACCCUGUCCUUAUGUUCAUCUCUACUGUUAAUAUCUGUACAGUUUAUGUAAAUAUUUCAAUGGAGCAUGUUUGCCCAAUUGCAGUUACAUAUAGGUUAUGGCCAAAAAACAAAAAUUAUAAAAAAAAAAGAAAAAAAAAUUUAUGAGGGAAGAAUAUUACUGUAUAUUGUAAAGCUGGCAUCUCUCGGGUACUGAACACAAGUAAAAGUACAGUAAUUUACUUUCGGAAGAAAAUGUCUACUUUAAGACCAACCAAGUGAGUGUGUACAGAAUUUUCAUAGACAGGACAAUUACCUUUGUAAGGUAUUUUCACCAGAAUGGUUGGACAUUCAUACCAAGUCAGUUAACAUUAUACAUAUAUAUAAAUAUAUUAUAUAUAUAUUAUGAUAGUGUAGUCGAGUUAUUUUUACUGGUAAGCAUUUAUAAGAUAAAACCAACGCACUAAUUUAAAAGCAUAAAACCGAAGAUUUUAUACGACAUAGGGCAUUAUAUGAGAUACACUCAAACUGUAGUUAAUUUGAAUCAGUGUGGAUGUAAACCAGAGUAAAACGAUAAUGAUUAUCUUAUUUAUUUUUUAUACUGGAAUACUUAAUAUUUAUUGUGCUUGCAAGUAAGUGAUAUCAUAGGCUUGUACUUGUCUUUGGAAAGGAGCCCUUGUUUCUGGAGAACUUGCUCUCGGAGAAAACUAACUAAUGCUAAACGUAUUUGUUUUGAUCAUUUGCUUGAUAAGGUUAACCCCAACUUUUGGGGCUACCUCUUCUCUCUUUCUCUCUGGAAAUUUAAGAAUGAUUUAUCAAGUUAUGAAGGUUUAUAACAUGAAAAUGCAUAGUUGGUAAUAUAGUUACAUAUAAUGCAGUACAUUACGAUCUGGUCACAGUAUUUUAAAUGGCAAGGAAAGGGUUUUUUUUGUGUCAUCCCACAUUGAGUACGAGGAGGCAGGCAGGAGGCAGGGACACAGCAUUUCAUUUCUUUGUCCAGGGGGUGCCAACGAUGUAUUGUAUAAUGCUGUUGUUUCUUCCUUUCAGACGCUGACUUAGUAAAGAAGGAGUGCGGCCUCGUGUAGGCUUAGUUUUAUUGUCAAAUACAAACCAUUUAUAAAUCUCAUUUUAUUUUCAAUUGUAAUAUAUUGUACAGAUAUUGUUUUGUAUUUUUGUCCAGUAUACAGUAAUAUGUAUGUUUUAUGCAGAAAACCAAGAUUGCAAAAUUUUCCCAGUUGUAAAUGUCAUUAUUAAAAAAACUUGGAAUCCA